UUCCAAAGUUCAACUUGCUUAUCACGCGACUUUGCCAUCACAGAAGAAUCUGUGCAGUUAAUUAAGCGUAGAUCUUUGCCGGAGGCCAUUUUUCUUCUGGAAAUAAACAAAAUGGACUCGCGACUGAGUUUAGCAGAAUCCUUGUGGCUCGUUGUUGUUACUGCAACGAUGGCUCUGCUAAAUUGUCCGGGAGUGGAGGGAAACACAUGUCCCAGCUCCUACCCCUUCUAUUCCUGCCCACGACCUGGUGACCUGACCAAAGACACGGUGUGCUGUAUGCGCAGUAGCAGAUACAGCUGCUGCACCCCUGAAUACAUUCAAGGGUGGGGUAUUGCUUUGAUAGUUGUCGGCUGCAUCUUUUUCACCACCCUCAUAACCGUCUCCAUUUGCCUCUGUUGCCGCAAGAGGAAACGCCAAGAGUACACCAUCAUCCGAGACAACUGCCCUCAGCCCCACCAGCACGGGGUGAUCGUCGUCUCGGCCCCGCCACCCCCACCUGGCCAGUACGGUUACAGCGCCAUGGCCUACCCGCCCUCGAACGUCAGUCUCCCACCACCCUACCAAUCCAAGCCACCGGUAGCGCAGUCAUCACCGAGACAGCAGGGCAAUGAACUCAGCGAAAAUGAGGAAGAUGCUGUUUAGGCAAAUUUUGAGGGCUGCGCUUACCUAGCUGGCUAUGCAAAUGGUUAAAAUUUCGUCUUUUCUUAAACACGUGGUUAAAGACAUAAGGGAAUAAAGACGGGGGUUUACAGUGAAGGAGAACGAAUAUCUAAAAAAAAAACUAGAUUUUGUGGAAACUUGUGUCAUCGGGGAUCUGUUCUUAAUUAUGACGACAUCGACGGUGCCGUGAUGGCGAUGGUUGGUAACGAGGAAUAGGAUGGCAGCGGAUAGUGCAGUGACGGCAAUGUUCAAGUUUGUCGAUGGCACGGUCAGGGGUUAUUUAGACUAGUGAUCCUGAAUGAGAAAAGAUAAUUACG